AUGACUCGAGCCGCAUCCACUGAUACGACUCCACCACCUCUCUUCACAGUCAAUGUCCAGGGCCUUCACGAGGAAGCUAAAGAUGGUCACCAGAGUGCCUUACAAAAUCAACUCCAGUCUAUCCCUGCGGAUAUCACCACUCUAAAGAUUAACAACGAUACUCCGUCUGACACAGAAUGGGCACUGCUUGGAAAACACUUUUCCAAAAUCAAAAACCUCGAAAUGGAUACAGGGUUUAACGAAGAGCUCAAUGAUAAACACAUGCCUCUACAUUGGCCUCUCCAACGAUUGCUGCUAGGUUCAGCUUGCGGUGAAAUCAUCGAAAGCCCCUGGGUGCGGCAGGGCCGAAUCUCCCACUUGAUCAUGUACCUGACACAUGGCCUUCGAUUUGAAGGUCCCACAAGCAAGGAGCUGCAGCGCAUGAACAAGGAAGCAAUUGCACGCGGAGAAAAAGAACAGCAGUUCUUCACCGUCAAGGAAGGCACACCCGAGGAGAGAAAGAUCAGCGUUGUUUUGAUUCCGGAACUGGUGAAUGAGUGGCUAAACAACAAAUACUCGAGCCCAGACGCCACAGUGGAACCGGACAAUAUGCCUACCUCUGAUCCUAUCAACUUACACACUCUGGAGAUUCUGGAAAAUGACGCACUUGAUACGUUCUCGCGGAUGAUAAUGGCACUGCCCCAUCUUGUGACCAAUCUGCACACGCUGAAUUUGCGUUCGACAAAUGGUUUCGACUUUAGUUAUCUUGACGAGAGCAUGUUUCGCCAGUUCCUGCCCCAACUGAGCAACUUGAAGACACUGCGAUUAACAGUGGGAGAAGUUUUCAGGGAUCCAUCCUAUCUGCCUACACUAUACGACUACCUCCCACCGAACCUGACCUCGCUGUCUUUCCGCGGUCCGGUGUCGCUAUGUAGGUCCGAGCGCUGGGGGGAUUGGCUGAAGGCUUUUGAGUCAACGGAUUUCCUUCCCAAUUUGCAGAACCUAGGCUUUGUUCUUGAUCUAUACUAUCAGCCCCGUGAGAGUGACUGGGUUAAAAAGGAGGAGGUCAGAGCACCAGACUAUGCUCUCCGUGAGGCGUGUGAGGCUUGUGAGGAUCUCUAUGAGGUUUCCAGGCGGCGCGGUAUUACAAUUUACCCAGUGUAUGAUGAGUGGGCCGUGAAAUACCCCUACCUCAGACAGGUGGAUAAUCGGUGGCGGUGA